AAGAGUAAAACAUCUUUAUUUCACUACUGCAAACAACAGUCGACGACACAAGCGUCUGCACUGUGAUACCCCGCGGGCCCGUCCUUAAAACCCACCUGGGAUCUGGCCCUGGUGCUCCGGUGUGUGCAGCGGAGUCUGGGAGGGGCAUCCGUCCGCACGUCCGGGUAAUGGCGGAUGGGGAAGCCACCGUGUCUGUGGAGUGGGACAGCAGUGAUGGGGGCUUAGCAGAAUAACAUCCCACUUCUGCGUGUCUAUUUUCUCUGUUUAGCUUGGUAUUCAGCUCUCGCCAUGGAUCCAGAGAAAACGUUGACAUUCUGCCUCGGGCUGAAGGCUGAGGAGAUGACCAUGUCCCUGCAGGGCCUGGAUGGGACUGAAGCUGCUACGGUGGCUGUUUCCCAGAAGGAGCGAACAGUGAAUAAGGUGGUGAAGAAUCACGGGGGCUCAGGUAGCCAGCCUGGUGUCCGCCCCAAGUACUGUCCAGGGGUCAACAACAACCCCGGCUACCUGUGUGAGACGGGGCACUGCUGCGGAGAGACGGGCUGCUGCACCUACUAUUAUGAACUCUGGUGGUUCUGGCUGCUGUGGACGAUGCUGAUCCUCUUCAGCUGUUUCUGUGCUUACCGCCACCGCCGAGCCAAGCUGAGGAUCCAACAGCAGCAGAGACAGAGGGAGAUCAACCUGAUCGCCUACAACGGAGCCAGCAACUACCCUUCCUCCAUGCUUGACCUCAGUUUUCUGGCAUCCUUCAAGUUGCCUUCCUACGAGGAGGUGGCGGCGCAGCCCUGCACCCCUCCUCCGCCUUACAGCUCCGUCUUUGCCCUGCAGGGAGGAACCAUGGGGGGUCCUAGCUCCUCCUACGCUCAUUACCACCACCACCGCCACCCCUGCCCUCCCUAUCUGGGCCCCGGCCCCGGUCCCAGCGGCUUGACUUCCUCUCAGAGCUCUGACAACUACACCAGCUGCUCCUGCGAGUCGUGCUCCCUCACCUCCCCCUCCAGCACCUCCUUCUCUCUCCAGGUGACAGACGAGACGUACAGCAGCCACUUCUCCACCCCCAGUGAAGCAGGGUGCGACUGCGCCGUCAUGCCGAGGCUCGGGGCCAACUUCACUCCGACUUCUUCCCCGACACCUCCUUCACAAGUUCCACCUGAUGUUAUACCUGCCGCCGCCCCAGAUGUCAUACCCAUACAGAGAAGGUCCCCUAACGGCAGUGAAGGGGUCCCGCUGCCAGCUCUCUCUCUCCCUCUACACUCUCGUCCUUCACACCCUUCUCGCCUGCCACUUUCUCCCCUCAUCCUGUUAUCCUCCCUCUCUCCUGGUCAAGUCCAUCCUCUCCUCUUCUCAGACCCACUUGGAGCCAUUCAGAGAAGCAGAAAAGAAGAGGUCCUGCCUCGUGGUCCGCCCCCCAGACCCGCUUUGUCCCCCCCUAAGCCGGCUCUCUUCGCUUCAAAUGUGGCUGUUUUAACAUAUUACAACAACAAAAAAGAGGAGCAAAAACGAGAAGAGGAGGAAGAGGAAGAAGAAGAGGACGAGGAGGAUCAUUUCCGGCAUCGCAGGCUAACGGGUGACUCGGGUAUCGAGGUAUGUCGUUGUCACGUGAAGAGAGAAGAGCAAGAGGAGGAGGAACUGCAGAAGGGGCGUUUUGGGAAAGGAGGAAGAGAGGCUUUGCAGGAAGAGGAGAGGGCAGACGUGCUGCACGACAGCGUGGACUGCUCCCUGAGAGCGAGGGCUGCCGCUCACUCACCGCUAUCUGAAGACUGCGCUGAACAGCGAGGCCUCGUCUCCUCAUCCCGCAGAAUCCUCCAGAAGACGGGCGAGGCCAUCAUCACUGUGGAGUCCUCGUAAGCUGACAGCUGAUCCAAAAGAGAAAGAAGUGAGAUGAAAAUGCUUGAUAGCAUCUUUAUGGAUCAAGACUAGUAGGUGAAAAGUCACUGAAGAAAAGUCUUGCAGGUCUUACUUUAAUGGUUGGAGAUGGGAUGAGAAAUGAAACCUCUUGUUUUCUCUUUAUUUAAAUGAGAAACUCCCAGAGAAGCCGACACCUGAAAACCCUUUUUUUAAGUUAGUUUAUUUAUGGUUUAGGAAAAGGCAUAUCUUAUUCUCUGAAGUUAUGAAAAAUUCUAACAAAUUGCUUUUUUCCCCAUCUCCAUUUUGACUAGUGGCUCAGUGUCAUAUCUCUAUGUCCCUUUGCUGCUUAACAUUGCUAAAAUAAACGUUUAGCUCCAUAGAAACAACAUGCCUAAUAGUCAUUGGUUCCCAGCCUGGUGGUCAGGACCCCUCAAGACGUCUCCAGAUAACUCGAGGUGUCUUGACGACUAACCGUGUAAGAAAGUAGAAAGAUAUUGUUAUGAUAAAGAAAAAACGACAUAAUUUGUGCACUUCAAAGUUGUUCAAUAAAACAAUCGAGAGGCAAACAUCUAUCUUUAAAGGGCCUGCUUUAAAAAUCUUGGUGUAUGAAAUGUAUGAGGGGUCCACACAUUAAUAUUAUUUUAUGUGAAAGGGUCACAUACACCACGGUUGGGAACUGCUGCCUGAUAAAGCAUAUUACUCAAAUAAUCUCAGCAGCAAUGAAGAAGACUGUCUAUCAUCAACUCACAUUGUUUUAAAUUGAGGACAAAUUAAUAUUCUAGAAGUUUAUGAAGUUAAGUCACUCAAAAAAUUAUUUUCAAAAGAGCAGAUCUAAUUUAUUGUGUCUCUUGAUCCUGUUAUAUAAUCUUAAUUCACAGGAUCCUACCUUUUUGAAGGAGGUUCACAACUAUUGAAUAGUUUGAGGUAUGUGGUGACCUUUUUAGUUGUAGGGUGAUUUUAUUUGCUUUCACCAGCCUACUUCCCUCUGUUUUAGAGGAAAUAAGAAGGAAACCAUUUUGACUGAAUUGUGAAGUGUGUGUUUUUAUACAUUGUCUUAUGUUGCUCCCAAUAGGAAAGGGGUGCCAACUUUAAUGAUAUCGUGUGGGUGGCAAAGCUUUACAAUGGUAAUAUAUUGUUGUUUCAGACUGUUACAUGAUUAUACUGUAUAAUGAACUGACUGUUUGACUUUGGAUUUAAUGUUGUUGAACACGUUUUCCUGGUUGGAAACAAUUUUUUUGCAAGGCAACAUAAAUCUGAUUCCUCCAUGGGCGGACUGUUGGGUUUUUACGAGGCAGAAACUUUAAGCCUAGUCUCCUCACUGUUAUUGAAUGUAAAAGGUUAUGCAUCGCAACAAAAAGGAACAUUUAAAUUGUUUACUGAUAAUUUUUAUAGAAUGCAGCUUGACUGAAAAACCUCUGGAAAAGUGUCCAAAACUGCAGCAAGGCAAUACAAUCUGCCAGGUGUGGGGUUUGAAAUAAAGUGCCGAUUGUAAUGUCUGUCUGAGGCAAGAAAUGAUUGUGAGAUAUCGAUGAUGUAAAUGUACGAGGUAAAGGGUUUGGAGUCAGAGUAAUGCCUCUUUAUUUUCUGUGGCUAAAAGGUGGUCACUUCUGAGAGUUGGACUGCUUUUCUCUUAAUGUAUCCUGGCUGAUCCUUUUUUGUAUUUAAAAUCAUUAGUCAGUUGCACAGUGUGUAGAGAAUAGCCUCACUGUGAGGUAGAAACUUGUUGUAGAUGCUCUUACUUGCUAGGAUUGUGUGAAAUUGGAUGAUAGCACAAAUGUACUCUUGUAAUUAAUUCUCAGUGCAAAGUGUACUAAAGCAUAGAACAAGAUUUAGAAAGUGAGAAUGUCUCCCAUCACAUUUUUGUACGUGUUUGUCUUGCUGUAGUCAAUAUGAGACAAAUGUAUCUGUAGUUCAAUGACUAGACGCCACUUCAUUGUGUCCUUGGCUCAGUGCAAAGCCACCUUAAAUGUCUAAAGUUGAAGGUAAAGCUUUCAACUCAUUUAUAGUUCUACGGAGUGAAAACAUUGCCUGGGUUCGGCUCAAUAUUACCUUUAUUUGUCACAGACAGAUCUUGUUUGUAUAUGGAGUCUAAGGAUGUUUUGGUUUGUUAUGAAGGUCAUUUUAACAUCCUCUGAUCAUCUCUGUUGAAAGCUCUCCUGUGAUGACUCGGAGGUCAUGAGACUGUUCCCCUCUGAACAUUUCAAUAUGAAAUCUUUCUGGCGGCUAUGGUAAAUGUUUCGGCUAUAUAGUCGGGAUUUUUUUAAUUUUGUGAUAAGUUUAAUGGGCGUUUAUCAAAGUAUAUGGUGCCUGGAUGAAAAUAGACUUUCUGUAAGGCAUUGUUAUAGUUUACUGCUGCUAUGCGAGUGUAUAUGUGUUUUAUGUAAAUUGUAAAGUCGUACAUCAAAUGGUCAAACAUUUUCUAGCAGUGCUUAGCGGUCUCUUUAUAAAAUACACAGUACACAGUACAUGUGAGACUUGCAAAAAUAGUAUUUAGCAAUAGCAUUCACACUUUUUUCCUUACCCUAGUUAAUGCUGGUUGAUAGGAAAUUAACUGUUGUGAAAAAUACAUUUACCUCUUUAUUACUGAUCCGUGAGCUGUGCUGGGCAGAGGCCUGUGAUUGUACAUGACUCUGCAUUUGAAUGCCUUGGCUUAAGGUUUCUCCCAAGUGCACACUCAGAUGAUCUGGUUUUACUUAGGCCCAGUUGUGCCUGUCGUGUAUUGUCAUUAUAUUUGGGUCACGGAGCUACGCAUCUGUGUUUCUUAGAAAUAUAUUUGAUGACGUCCCAAAAGAUUAGAUAAAGGUUUGAAGGCAUUUCUCAAAGACUUUUUUCCUUAUCCACACAAAUACGGCAGCUGCACAUAAUGUAUCCCCUUGCUCCAUGUGUGCGUGGACCAUUAUUCACAUGUUAUUUUAGCUGUUACAUUUUCGAUAUUAAUGUUACUUUCUAUUUUUUCUAUAUAAUAUUGCAUUUAUUUGGCCGUGGCCCAUAUGCAACAUCUUGUUUAUUUAGAGCACAAAGAGGUAAAGUCAGCAAAAAAAAUCAAGGAAGGUGUGUCCCAAUUCUCCUUUAUGACGAUUUGUGAGUGUCAAUUUUACAUAGCACAACCAAACGAUAAAAUAUUUUCUGUUAUGAAAAUUAUAACAUUUGAAAGAAAAUAACCUUUUAUUGUAGAAAAGUUGUUUUAUCCAGAUUGAUAAAGGCAUCCUUCAUUGAUUUUGAUCAGUGUUGUUGUUUUGUUAAAUGACUUGACGGACUUAUUAUUAUUAAUCUUUUUCAAACAGAUGUUUAGCUCUGUGUCUCAAAAUGUAAUUGUAAGCAAAAAGGGCCCAACCAGAGGCUACUUGGACUCCAGCUCUGAUUUGACGUUGAAGCCAAACUGAACUGAGUUCAGUGUAUAUAGAACUAGUUUGAUUUAUUUACCUUGUCAGCAGCUAGUAUGCACAGACAAAACGCCCAAACUCUACCCUCAUUGCCACUGAAGGCCAAGGCCUGAUAUAAGACUGUUACCUCGCUGAGUUUUGACUGCAAAGGACUGUUUACUUCAACUUAUCAAGAUAGUAUUUACUCUAUAUUUGUACUGACUUUAUUUUGUGAUGCCGAGAAUUGAAAAAUUGAAAUUUAAGAGCUCAUGUUGGUACGGCUGAAGUGCUGUUUUGCCAGGAAAAAACGAAAUAUCAGUCCCUGUUAAUUCAGGAUUACUCAAUGUUUGCCCCCGGGAAAGUGUUCUCCCCUUUUACCCCUCCCUUUGACAGCAGGAUUUUUAGAAGUAUCUUUAUGUGAUUGUAUGUGGAUUAGUUCAGAUAAAUAUUGCUACAACAUGUGGUGUUCUUUGAGGGUAUCCUUGUGCAAUUCUACCAGCGGCUCUUCAGUGUACGCAUGUGUGAGAGAGUUAUCGUCGGCCGUGUUGUUGUGCUGUUUAAAUCAUCGUUGCUUAUUAUGAGGCCAAAGUCGAUUGUUGCUGGUAUUUGUUAACAUGUCAAUAUAAAUAUCCAAACAUGUUUAUGUCAUCAUGAAUAUCAAGUUGAUUUUGUAUCUUGGUGUAUAGCAUAGAGAUUUCUGAUGCUUAGUCUGAUGUAAAAUCAAAACUAGCAGAUUCUCUCAUAUCUAUUUGUUUGGUUGCACAUGUCCUGGUGCUGUCCCCAGAAGGCGCAGUAUUUAAUUUCCUUCAAUCCAAGGUUUUUCAAUUGAUGCUCAUUGGGAUUCUACAUUGAUGAACACAAAAAUCUGCGUUACUUUAUUCAGCAAAACUUUGGAUUUUGUGUCAAAAUAAAAGCUUCAAAAUGCUA